AUGUUUCAUGCCCCAAUACCCGCGGAGCGAUAUUAUUCAUAUUUGACAUGGCAUGAUAUUGAUAAAAUGCCUAAUAAGGCCAAUGUCAUACUCAUUCAGUCAAUAGGUGCUAUUGAACAACACGGUGCUCAUUUACCUUUGAUAACUGAUGCUGCUAUUGGCUUGCAAGUCAUCGGGAAAACACUCGAACAGUUUUCGCCAGAAGACAAGCCUGUUGUCUAUGUUCUUCCACCUCAACAUGCAGGUCGUUCCACUGAACAUAUAUCAUUUCCAGGCACAAUCAGCUUGAGUGCUACAACUUUGACAAAUUUACUCAUGGAUAUUGGUGAGAGUGUGUAUCGAAGUGGCUUUCGAAAACUUAUUUUUUUUAAUUCACAUGGUGGCCAACCACAAAUAAUGGAAACUGUGGCACGUGAUCUACGACAACGCUUUUCAGAUUUUAUACUCUUUCCUAUCUUUGUGUGGCACUUACCCAAUGUCGGGCAGACAUUGGUCACACCACAUGAAUUCAAAUAUGGUAUACAUGCCGGUGACAUAGAAACGAGUCUGAUGCUCACGAUUCUCAGAAAGUAUGUUAGAAUGAAUCUAGCAGAAAAAGAGUAUCCAUCGACCCUCAUAUCUGAAAGAAAUUUGUUGGGUAUCGAAGGUGGUCUGGCCUAUGCAUGGGUAACCAAGGAUUUAAGUCGAUCUGGUGUGAUUGGGGAUCCUACUGGAGCAACACAAGAUAAAGGUGAACAAAUUCUUGCCUCACUUGUUACGAGUUUUAAAAAGCUCCUUGAAGAAAUUCAUGAAUUUCAUUUUUAG